AUGACUGAAAUUUUACAUUAUAUUGAAAGUUUUUUAAGUGGAGGUGUUGGUGGUGUAUGUACAGUUGUAGUUGGACAUCCUCUUGAUACUAUUAAAGUUAGAUUGCAAACAUCUCCAAUACCAAAACCUGGUGAAUCACCACUUUACAAAGGAAAAUGGGAUUGUGCAAAAAAAACUGUUGCAAAAGAAGGAUUUCGUAGUCUUUACAAAGGCAUGGGUGUUCCAUUGUCUGGUGUUGCUCCAGUAUUUGCAAUAAGUUUUUUGGGUUAUGGACUUGGCAAAGAUUUACAAGAAAAUAAAAACCAAGAUGACGAAAUGACAUUGAUACAAUUAUUUAAUGCUGGUGCAUUCAGUGGUAUAUUUACAACAAGUAUAUUGGCACCUGGUAAAAGAAUCAAAUGUUUAUUACAUCAAGGAACCUCAAUUUACAAUGGACCUGUUGAUUGUGCAAAAAAAUUGUGUAAACAAGGUGGUAUACGUAGUAUAUACAAAGGAACUGGAUUAACAUUAUUAAGAGAUAUACCUGCUAGUGGAGUUUAUUUUUUGACAUAUGAUAGAUUAAAAAGAUACAUGUCAUACAAAAUAUAA